UGGGAGACAGAGAGAGGGGUGUGUAAGCAAACCUGAGCAAACACUGAGCUCUCUGCUGGUUGGGAUGCUUCAAAGCUCAGAAGAUGAAUAACCCUAAUCUUCAAGGUGGUCACAUCUUGGAGACAUCUAGCAACAGGAAAACUUCCGUGAGGAAAGCUACUGUGAGCUCCUACAAGAGCAACAGAGCCGGGAUUUCCUUCCAUUCUUUAAAUUUUCUCACCGGUGUCUUCUUUAUGCUCUUGGGCCAAAGUGGGCCACUCCUGGGACACCCGCAGUGCCUCGAUUAUGGUCCACCUUUCCAGCCUCCGUUCCACCUGGAGUUCUGCUCUGCCUAUGAAACUUUUGGUUGUUGUGAUCAGGACAAAGACAAUACGAUUGCAGCCAAAUACUGGGAGGUGAUGGAUUAUAUCGAUCCGCAGGCUCACAAAUUGUGUGGAGGAUAUAUCAAAGAUAUUUUAUGCCAGGAAUGCUCACCCUACGCAGCUCAUCUUUACGAUGCCGAGAAUCCUCAGACUCCCCUGCGGAACCUGCCUGGCCUUUGCUCGGACUACUGUUCGGAGUUCCACCUCUACUGCCGUUCUGCCAUCACGUUGCUUACCGACGACAAACACAUCCAGGAAUGCUGCGAGAGGAACAAGACCCGCUUCUGCAACCUGCUUAACAUCCAGGAUGAAGACUAUUGCUUCCCCGACGUGCUGAAAAACACAGACCUGAACCGUAACCUGGGCUCUGUGGUGGAGGACAAGAAAGGCUGCCUUCAGCUGUGCCUAAAAGAGGUGGCCAACGGGCUGAGGAAUCCUGUGCUGAUGGCGCACGCGAACGACAACACCCAUCGCAUGUUUGUGGCUGAACAGGUGGGCAUCAUCUGGGUCUUUCUUCCAGAUGGAAGUCGCCUGGAAGAGCCUUUUCUGGAUAUUAAGAACAUGGUGCUGACCACCCCCUGGUUAGGAGAUGAAAGAGGUUUCCUCGGGAUGGCCUUCCACCCCAAAUACAAGGACAAUGGGAAAUUCUACAUUUAUUACUCCUACCAGGACAAGAAAAAGGUGGAGAAAAUCAGGAUCAGUGAAUUAAGAGUUUCCACGUCAGAUGUCAACAAGGCUGAUGCAAGCACAGAAAGGAGUCUCUUAGAAAUCGAAGAACCAGCCGCAAACCAUAAUGGGGGACAGAUCCUCUUUGGCCUGGAUGGCUACAUGUACCUGUUUACAGGGGAUGGAGGGAAAGCCGGGGACCCUUUUGGUAAAUUUGGGAAUGCUCAGAACAGGAGUAGUUUACUAGGAAAGGUUUUGCGGAUCGAUGUGGAUGGAAGAAGCUCUGACGGGAAGCCUUACCGCAUCCCCUCUGACAAUCCUUUUGCCUCUGACCCUCAAGCUCUCCCAGAAGUCUAUGCCUAUGGGGUGAGGAACAUGUGGCGUUGCUCUGUGGACAGAGGUGACCCGCUCAGUCGCAAAGGAAGGGGGCGAAUUUUCUGUGGAGAUGUCGGCCAGAACAAGUAUGAAGAAGUGGACAUAAUUGUUAAAGGCGGGAACUACGGCUGGAGAGCUAAGGAAGGCUUUGAGUGCUAUGACAUCAAGCUUUGCCAAAAUUCCUCCUUAGAUGAUAUACUUCCAAUAUUUGCCUACAGCCAUUCAGUGGGAAAAUCAGUCACUGGAGGUUAUGUGUAUAGAGGAUGUGAGUCUCCAAACCUGAACGGCCUAUACAUUUUUGGUGAUUUUAUGAACGGUCGGCUUAUGGCUUUGCAAGAAGAUGAGAGAGCAAAUCAAUGGAAGAAGCAAGACAUUUGUAUUGGUAGCACUAAAGCCUGUGCCUUUCCAGGGAUGGUCAGCUCUUACAGCAAAUACAUCAUUUCUUUCGCUGAGGAUGAAGCAGCUGAGCUCUAUUUUAUGGCUACGUCCUACCCCAGUGCCUUUGCGCCACAUGGAUCGAUAUACAAAGUUGUGGAUCCUGCAAGGAGAGCUCCACCAGGGAAAUGUAAACAGAAGCCUAUUCCAGUGAAAACAAAGAGUAAGCGAAUCCCAUUCAUUCCCUGGGCAAAAACCGUCCUUGAACUGCUUAAAGAGCGUCUUACAACCCGUCCCCCCAAAACAGCCUUCAAUGCUACCGAACCGCCCCCAAAUUCUUCCACUCCAAGAUCCAAGAAGCCUGCCUCCCACAAAGACCCUACUAAACGUAAGGCAGCGAAGGCUCCCAGGUCUGGCAGAAAGCAGCAAAUGACACAAACCCCCAAGGCCCGGGGAUCCAAGACGAAGGCGCAAAAGGCGAGGAUUCCACGGGUCUCAAAAGUGACGGUGACAACCUCCCCGCCAAAGAAAAAAGGCUCCCGGUUAACCAGAGCCCAAAAGAAACAGGUUCCAAAGCUGAGGUCAGCGGCUAAGGAGAAAUUCAGAAGAAGACAAGAAAGGGGGCCAGCUUAAGAAGUGCUGCUUGAACUUCCAGUAUACACCAGAGUUAUGUGAAUGUAGAUGAAGUUGCUGGGCAACUUGCUUCCGUUCCGCUCUUAGUAAGAGAGUGAGAUCAGUGUGUAGUUUACAUGCCAAAUAAAUAUAUAUAUGUAUAUGAAUGAAAGCAUUCCGCUCCAGGAAAAGCAAGCAGCUGCUAGGCCACUGUGACAGAUGCAGCACAUGCGCUUAAUGAGCAGUUUAAAUGCCCCAGAUGGAUUCCAGGUUGUUGCUUUGCAGAAAUCUUACUCCGAUGACCGGUUUAAGGAGGUGACACAGUGGCCAUUUACAGCAGUAUAGUUCUACAGGAAUGUCAGUGGGAUCGCUUUGGCUGUGUGAAGCAGCAACUGAUUUGCACCCUCUUUGGGAAAUUCAGUUCCCCCAUCGACUUGCAUGGCAAAGAGCACCACUGAAAAGAUGGCGAGGUUAAUAAGUCUGUGGUACUUUUGUCUCGGGGAGAGUAAGGCUGUGUAUCAAAAGGUUAGUAAGCAAGGAACACUGGCUGCAUUUCAAUGGCUGAACAGUCUAAUAAAAUGCAAACCUUCUAAGGAAUUAACUACAGGGAGCAGAAUUAACUAAAUUGCCCAGUCUCCUAUUUUGAGGAUACUGGGCCAUAGUUGAUUUUCUUUUAUCAGUUGCAACAUACAUUCUAAAGCACACGUGUUUUCUCUCUCCCUAUAAUAAAGUACUGGAUGAGAACAAAUAAA